AAAUUUAAUCAUAUAAUAAUGCAGUGUAAAAAUAAAAAAAGAUUAUCAAACAAAUAUUUUUUAAACUCUUUUAAUAAUGGUAUUAAAAUUAAAGUAGUAGGCAUUAUAAAUACUAUUGCCUUUCAGAAGGCACGAAUAUGUGCAGAAAAAUUAUAUCAACACUUAUCAUUUAAAUUUUCUAUACCACAAAUUAUAGAAAUGUUUCAAGUAGAAUGGCAUGAAUACAUUCAUAAAUUAAAAAGACAAAUUGGAGGUAAAAUAUGGUCAUUAACACAUACUGUUGCUGUUUUUAUAAAUGAUGAAUAUCUUGGUAAUGAAGUAGAAUUUUUUUAUUAUAUAAGUCAAGAUUAUAUCUUUAGUUUACCUUUUGAAAUAGAAUAUUAUGAAAAUCUUGCUAUUGAAUGCUGUAAACGAUUUAUGGAAAAAUCUAAAAAGAAAUAUGUUUAUUUCACGUUUUCCAUAAAUAAUUCGCCUAUUGGUUCAUUUUUGUUUAUGCUAUAUUCUGAUUUGUUACCAUUAACUUGUCAACAUUUUUUAAAUCUUUGUACUGGAUAUGAUGAAUUGAAGGAAUGUUAUAAAGAUGCUUAUUAUAUAAAUAUGCAUUUACAUCGUAUAGUAAAAAAUGGAUGGAUUCAAUGUGGAGGAUGUGAACAUACUGAAAUUAAUGAAAAUGCAGAAAAUGUUAAAAUACCUGAUGAGUCUUAUUGUAUUCCUCAUGAUCGCAGAGGAGUUCUUUCAUUGGCAAAUAAUGGAAAACAUUGUAAUGAAUCACAAUUUAUUGUAUGUUUAAAAUCAAAUCCUUGGAUGGAUCAUUUUUAUGUUGCUUUUGGACAACUUAUAGAUGGUAUUGGAACUUUAAAGAAAUUAGAAAAUAUGUCAACAUACUAUGAACGUCCUAUUGAACAAAUAAUAAUUUCACAAUGUGGAGAAUAUAUUUUUGGUAAUGAAAUUAAAAUGGAGACAGAAUCAAAGAUUUUCCUUGAACAUCAACCAGUAUGCAUGGAAGGAGAAUAUGUAAUCAAUGACAAUAUGUUUGAUUAUUAUUCUAUUACACCAUGGUUUGAUAAUAUUGUAGAUAAGAUAGAUGUUCGUGAUACUGCAUCGCUUUUGAUAGCUGAACGAUAUUUAAAUGGCCUUUAUUGUCUUGCAACUGAUUAUGAACCAGGGAUGGAUAUGCAUAUUUAUGAAAAAAUUUAUUUAACUGAUAUGGCAAGAUAUGAUACAAUAAAAGUCAAACUUCAUGAUUUAUUAUUGAAUUUUCAACCAGAAGUAAUGACAGAACAAGAAAAAAUAAUAUUUGUUUCAGAAAUUUCUAAAAUUAUUUUAGCUUAUAUUUUUCGUUAUGAAUAUAACGAAUUUUGCCUGCAACAUAUUUCAUUGAAUAGUCAUGCAACAAUACAUAAAAUACUAAAAAUUGCGCAUGACAUAGCAUUAAAGACUAUUAAAAAGGCUGAAGCAAAAUCUAUCAUUUCUUUGGAAUGUAAUAGUUCAAAAAUUACGAAGAUAUUUGAAGAAAAACAUGUUACUAAUGUAUUAGUCUCAGAAAAUUGUAUAUCAAUAUUAGAAAAAAUAAUAAAUAAAGCUAUACUAUGUUUAAUAAGAACUUUCGAAAUACAAGAAUAAAAAACAAAUAUUUUUAUUUAAAUUCAUUAU